AUGGCGGCGGCGGGGUGGUGGUGCUGGCCGCUGCCGGCGUGGCUGGGCUCCGGCGCGGCGUGGUUCGUCCUGCUGAACGUCGUCGUGGGCGCCAUCUUCGCGCUGUCGUCGCGGGCGCAGCCGCAGUCGCCGUCGCCUCGACGCGGGAUCACGCGCAGGGCGUCGUCGGUGCUGCUGCAGCGGCUCCGGUCCUUCUCCGUCUUCUCCUCCCCGUCGCCGAGCUUCCACACCGAGGCGGCGCCCGAGGACUCGCACGCGACCUCCAGUCGAACAGAGGACGCCGGGCCGAGCGCGAGGGCGUGGUCGCCGUCCACCCCGCGCGCACCGAUAGCGUCUGCACCGGCGGGAAAGGAGGAGGACGAGGAGGACGUGGACUCGUUGAGCAUGGACGACGUGUACGCCCUUGUGCAGGCGCGACGGCAGCAGCCGCCGCCGACGGAGGAGGAGGAAGCGGCCGGGUCGGAGGUGGACGCCAAGGCGGAGGAGUUCAUCCGGGGGUUCAAGGACGACCUCAGGCAGCAGCGCCUCGAUUCCAUCUUCAACUACACGCAGAUGCUCAAGCAGCGCGCCGCCGGCCGUGGGACGCCGGAAGCCGAGCCAGAUACCAUACGCUAAUGGAUUCCAUCGUUCUGCU